AUGAGGGAUUUAUGCUUGAAGAAAGCAGAACAUGAAAGAUUUGUGCAUGUUAAGAACAAGCUAGUUGGAAAGGUCGAGAAAGAUUCAGUGUACAGCCUACGCCGUGUGAGUGUGCAUCCGUCUUAUCGCAUCAGAGAUGUGUAUGCUUCGGAAGAGUUGAUGUCGUUUGCCCGUUCUUUUCUUUGCACUUGUGUUGCAUCACGUGAUGUUCUAUCUUCUGUGUUUUUUGGUCUGAGAAUGCUGAGGGUAUUGGACAUAAUCGAGAUCAAGUUCCCACAGUUUCCAACAGAAAUACUGCACAUUUUCAACUUACGCUACUUAGCAUUCUCCUUCGAUUCCAAGCAACUGCCUUCUUAUAUCUCAAGAUUAUGGAAUCUGCAAACCUUAGUAAUUUGUUCAGCUUCGAUCAAAUAUGUGCCAGCUGAGAUAUGGCAGAUGGCAGAGUUAAGACACGUCAAGUUUUAUGAUGCAUAUGUUGAAGAAAGUGAUUGGAGAGGCUUAGUUCUAGAAAAGCUACAGAGCAUCUCUACUAUUAGCGAUCCAAGCGUCAGAUUCCUUGGCAGAAUCCCCAACAUAAAAUACUUGGGAAUUGAAAGUUUGCACCAAUUUGACCUUUCCCAUCUGCACAAACUUGAAACAUUGAAAUUUUCUUGCUAUUCAAGUUCUACUCCCGUUUCCCUAACAGAAUUCAGAUUACCUCCUUCUGUGAGGAACUUGUCUUUUACAAGAUGUGAAAUAGCUGUCGAAUUCAUGGAAUAUCUUUGUGAGGAGUUGCCAAAUCUCGAAGUUCUUAAACUUCGAGAUUGCAAGUUCAAAGGUGUGUGGGAUGCAGAGCAGCAAGAGUUCAGCAAGCUGCAGUUCUUGCUACUUGAAGAUGUGCAGCUGGUGCAAUGGCAAGCCGAUGAGAGCAGCUUCCCAAGACUCCGUCACCUUGUUAUCCGGCGCUGCUCUGCUCUAGAGGAGAUCCCCUCCGCCCUUCCGUGGUGGCUUCAGCUACACUGA